AAGAAGAAGGGCCGGAGCCCGGACGAGCUGCCGGCGGCGGGCGGCGACGGCGGCAAAUCCAAGAAAUUUACUCUGAAGCGGCUCAUGGCAGAUGAGCUGGAGAGAUUUACUAGCAUGAGAAUUAAGAAGGAGAAGGAAAAGCCCAAUUCUUCGCAUAGAAAUUCUUCAUCAUAUGGGGAUGAUCCCACAGCACAUUCAUUGCAAGAUAUUCCAGAUGAACAGGUUUUACUACUUUUUGAACAGAUGCUGGUGGAUAUGAAUCUGAAUGAAGAGAAACAGCAGCCUUUGAGGGAGAAGGACAUUAUUAUCAAGAGGGAGAUGGUGUCCCAAUACUUGCACACCUCCAAGGCUGGCAUGAGCCAAAAGGAGAGCUCUCGGUCUCCCAUGAUGUACAUUCAGGAGUUGAGGUCAGGCUUGCGGGAUAUGUCUCUGCUCAGCUGCCUGGAGUCCCUCCGUGUCUCCCUCAACAACAACCCUGUCAGCUGGGUACAAACAUUUGGUGCUGAGGGCCUGGCCUCCUUGUUAGACAUCCUUAAACGACUCCAUGAUGAGAAAGAGGAGACUCCUGGGAGCUACGACAGCCGUAACAAGCAUGAGAUCAUUCGCUGCUUGAAAGCUUUUAUGAACAACAAGUUUGGAAUCAAGACCAUGUUAGAGACGGAAGAAGGAAUCCUGCUGCUGGUCAGAGCCAUGGAUCCUGCUGUUCCCAACAUGAUGAUUGAUGCAGCUAAGCUGCUUUCUGCUCUUUGUAUCCUACCACAGCCAGAGGACAUGAAUGAAAGGGUUUUGGAGGCAAUGACAGAAAGAGCUGAGAUGGAUGAGGUGGAACGCUUCCAGCCGCUGCUGGAUGGAUUAAAAAGUGGGACCUCCAUUGCACUCAAGGUGGGAUGCCUACAGCUGAUGAAUGCUCUCAUCACACCAGCUGAAGAACUUGACUUCCGAGUCCAUAUCCGAAGUGAACUGAUGCGCUUGGGGCUGCAUCACGUGUUGCAGGAUCUUCGGAAGAUUGAAAAUGAUGAUAUGAAAGUGCAACUAACUGUGUUUGAUGAGCAAGGGGAUGAAGAUUCCUAUGACCUGAAGGGACGGCUUGAUGACAUUCGAAUGGAGAUGGAUGACGUCAGCGACGUCUUCCAGAUUCUCUUAAACACAGUGAAGGAUUCAAGGGCAGAGCCAUACUUCCUGUCCAUUCUGCAGCACCUGCUCUUGGUCCGGAACGACUAUGAGGCCAGACCGCAGUACUAUAGGUUGAUUGAAGAAUGUAUUUCUCAGAUAGUUUUGCACAAGAAUGGGGCUGAUCCUGACUUCAAGUGCCGGCACCUCCAGAUUGAUGUUGAGGGAUUGAUUGAUCAAAUGAUUGAUAAAACAAAGGUAGAGAAAUCUGAAGCCAAAGCUACAGAGCUGGAAAAAAAGCUGGACUUAGAGCUAACAGCCCGACAUGAGCUACAGGUGGAAAUGAAAAAGAUGGAAAGUGACUUCGAGCAGAAGCUCCAGGAUCUUCAGGGAGAAAAGGAUGCACUGGGUUCUGAGAAGCAGCAGGUGGCUACAGAGAAACAGGACCUGGAGGCAGAGGUGUCUCAGCUCACAGGAGAGGUUGCCAAGCUGUCCAAGGAGCUGGAAGAUGCCAAGAAAGAAAUGGCUUCUCUCUCUGCUGCUGUUACUGCUGUAGCCCCUCCCAGCAGUGCUACUGUUCCCCCUGCCCCUCCUUUACCUGGCGACUCUGGCACUGUUAUUCCACCCCCACCUCCUCUUCCUGGGGGUGGUACCAUUAUUCCUCCUCCACCACCUCCUCCGCCUUUACCUGGUGGUGUUUAUACCCCCCAAUCACCUCCUUUGCCUGGGGAGGCUGCCAUCCCCCCACCCCCUCCUUUGCCUGGGGAGCCUGGUGGUCCAGGAAUCCCCCCACCCCCUCCAUUUCCUGGAGGCCCUGGUAUUCCUCCACCUCCACCUGGAAUGGGUAUGCCUCCUCCUCCCCCUUUUGGAUUUGGAGUUCCUGCAGCCCCAGUUCUGCCAUAUGGAUUAACCCCAAAGAAGCUUUAUAAGCCAGAGGUGCAGCUCCGGAGGCCAAACUGGUCCAAGUUUGUCGCUGAGGACCUUUCCCAGGACUGCUUCUGGACCAAGGUGAAGGAGGACCGCUUUGAGAACAGUGAACUUUUCGCCAAACUUACACAUGCCUUCUCUGCCCAGACCAAGGCAUCAAAAGCCAAGAAGGAUCAGGAAGGUGGAGAAGAAAAGAAAUCUGUACAAAAGAAAAAAGUAAAAGAGUUGAAGGUGUUGGAUUCAAAGACGGCCCAGAAUCUCUCCAUCUUUCUGGGUUCCUUCCGCAUGCCCUAUCAAGAGAUUAAGAAUGUCAUCCUGGAGGUGAAUGAGGCUGUUCUCACUGAGUCUAUGAUCCAGAACCUCAUUAAGCAGAUGCCAGAGCCAGAGCAGUUAAAAAUGCUUUCUGAACUGAAGGACGAAUAUGAUGAUCUGGCAGAGUCGGAGCAGUUUGGCGUGGUGAUGGGCACUGUGCCCCGCCUGCGGCCUCGCCUCAAUGCCAUCCUCUUCAGGCUACAGUUCGGUGAGCAAGUGGAGAACAUCAAGCCAGAGAUUGUUUCCGUGACUGCCGCGUGUGAGGAGGUGCGGAAGAGCGAGAACUUCUCUAACCUUCUGGAGAUCACCCUGCUUGUCGGCAACUUUAUGAAUGCUGGUUCCAGGAAUGCUGGGGCUUUCGGCUUCAACAUCAGCUUCCUCUGCAAGCUUCGAGACACCAAGUCCACAGAUCAGAAGAUGACAUUGUUGCACUUCCUGGCUGAGUUGUGUGAGAAUGACUAUCCCGAUGUCCUCAAGUUUCCAGAUGAACUUGCCCAUGUGGAGAAAGCCAGCCGAGUUUCUGCUGAAAACUUGCAAAAGAAUCUAGAUCAGAUGAAGAAACAGAUUUCUGAUGUGGAGCGUGAUGUUCAGAAUUUCCCAGCUGCCACAGAUGAGAAAGACAAGUUUGUUGAAAAAAUGACUAACUUUGUGAAGGAUGCGCAGGAACAGUACAACAAGCUGCGGAUGAUGCACUCUAACAUGGAGAACCUCUAUAAGGAGCUGGGCGACUACUUCCUCUUUGACCCCAAGAAGGUGUCUGUGGAAGAAUUCUUUAUGGAUCUGCACAACUUUAAGAAUAUGUUUGUGCAAGCAGUCAAGGAGAACCAGAAGCGGCGGGAGACGGAGGAAAAGAUGCGGCGAGCAAAACUGGCCAAGGAGAAGGCAGAGAAGGAGCGGCUGGAGAAGCAACAGAAGAGAGAGCAGCUCAUAGACAUGAAUGCAGAAGGUGAUGAAACAGGUGUGAUGGACAGUCUUCUGGAAGCCCUGCAGUCUGGCGCAGCGUUCCGACGGAAGAGAGGACCUCGUCAGGCCAACAGGAAGGCCGGGUGUGCAGUCACAUCUCUGCUGGCCUCGGAGCUGACCAAGGACGAUGCCAUGACUGCUGUUGCUGCAAAGGUGCCCAAGACCAGUGAUGGAGUCCCCACAAUCCUGGAGGAACCCAUGGAGUUGAUUGGCCGUGCAAGCUAAUCUGGGUCCUGCGGCCAUGGCAGCUCCUCAGUGGAGCCCCAGACUGUCCAGCCCUGCAGCCUGUGCCUAAAGGGUCAUGGAGAUAUCCCUGUGGGGUGGCCGCUCCCAUCGCCCUGACCCUGUCUUUCUCUCUGGCCUGCUGCUCUAUGUACAUCACACACGGCUUCAGCUGCCUGGAGGCCAGAAGGAAAGGGCAGUAUGGGGGAGGCCUGAGCCCACCCAACCAGCCCUGGCUGUUGCAUUACCAAAGCAGGCUCGGUGUUUGCUGCCUUAACCCCAAGUGUCUCCUCUCUGUUACUCUGAGGCCUGUCUCAGACAAGGCCCUGCCUGCUUUCUCAGCCCCUGGCUUUCCAGUGGGCUUCCCAUAGGUCAAUCUUGCUGGCUUUGAGCUUUUCUUUUGUGGUUUCUCUGGCCCUGAGAACAGCAUGGGGCUUGUGAACCUUGGGCUAUAUCCCAACUUUCAUUGCUGUCCCUCCCUCUCUGCUCUUUCUUCUCCUGGCUGUUGUUAUUUAUUACUAGUGGUGUGGCUUUGGGAGCUGCUUCUAAGGAAGUGGGGAGCAAAUGCCACCCUUACUCCACCUUCCUGAGAAAGGCCUCCCCAAACAAAAAGAAUCUGAACCACUUUUAUCUGUUCCACUGUGGCCUAGGCCAGAGCCUGUGGGCAGGCAGGCUGGGCAUAGAGACAUUGUGGGACCUGCCGCAGCCUGCUGCCAUGCUUUGUGCCCUUGCCUCUCUGGACGCUCUGCACCAGCCCCUGGCUACUGAGCCAUGGUCCCUCCUCGUGCCCUCCCCAGAGCUUUGGUGCAUCUCAUCUGGAGUGCGGGCUGUAUUGUGACCAUCCUAACACCUCACCCUCUGUCUCCAAGGAAGUGGGAGGUGGAGCCUCCUGGCUGAGAAAUUGUUUAGCAAAUGGAUCUAUUUUUGUAUGAGAUUUUUUUUUUUUAAAGAAAAAUAACUCUUCCUUCCCCCUUUCUCCUCCAUAAUGUAAGAAGCUUUGAUGGCAGGUUCCAGAGUCCUUGGGAUUUCUCCCCGCAGGCCUAAUGCUGAACAGACCCCUGGACCUCCACCUCGGCUCUCAAGCCUUCUGGGCCCUUGAGGCCAGUGCAGAUUCUCGCCCAGCGUCCAACCCUGGCAGAGGAGGAAGCUCUUCUGUGGUUGAACUGAACCACGCCUAAGAGUAAUGGGAGCUCUGAGACCACAGAGUUUUUAUAAAUUUAAUAUAUUUAUCAAGCCAAAUGUGCAGAUGCUAACUGGACACUGGGGAAGUGGGCACAGGAGUGCACCCACACUUCGUACCCCUGCUCCCGCUGAACAGUGGGCAGGCCAAACUGUUCAGUGGCCCCAGCCACGGGAAGCUCAGACUCUGGCUCAAGGUGACACUGUGCCCACCCCGUGUUCCUUUCAUCUUCCCACCCCGGUAGGGAGACAGAAUAGCACUCUUAAGGCUGGGCCCAGAUUAUGGAUGGCUGUUAGCGCAGGGGGAGCUUAGGGGAGACUAAAGGCUCUUGCACCGAGGCCUUGACGCCAAGAAGAAGGUUCUGGUUGCUGGAGCCUGUGUGAAGGGGCAACAGCAGCUCUUUCUGCUAUUCUCGGAAGACUGGUAUGAGGGCCCUGCUGCUCCCUAGGUCUCCUUCCUCUCCCUGCUGACAUCUGGGGCUUUGACCCUUUCUUUUUUAAUCUACUUUUGCUAAGAUGCAUUUAAUAAAAAAUUUUAAAAAGGGACAAAAUGCAAACCUAUUUCCCUCGCCUCUCGGGCUUCUGGGAUGUCAUCACCUCCAGUUUGUUGGGUUUGUUUCCAACUGUUAAUAAAGCAUUGAAACUACUGC